UAUAUAAAGCUUUCUUACCAUUGAAUGUCUGUGUGAUUGAAUCUAUAUCGUUAAAAACAGUUGUAUUAGAAGUAUCCAACUGAUUAACGUCUUCCAUGUUAAUUAACCAGGAAUACUUACAAUCUGUAGAAAUGCCUGUUCUGAAGACGACGAGAAAAUACGAGUAACGGAUUUAGCUGUAUACAUCAUAUUGAUUUCAAUUACAGAUUAGGAUUGUACUACAGAUAUAGUCCAUACUGAACAUUGAUGUAUGUAUAUAUACUAUAGCAGAAUAACAGACAACAUUGCCAUUAAAGAAUGUUUAACUUCAGAUGCGUCUUCAAAAUCAUCUUUUAAAGAAUAAGAGAAUGUCUGUAUAGACCUGGAGUAGAACCAAUGUGGAAUAUUUCCUCUGGACUGAGAUUUUUAGCAGGAUUUGUGUUUCACAUUCAGAAGUGUGUACAAGAAAAUUUUUGCAGUCUAAUUUAACUUGGCCAAAUUUACGAAAGACUUUUGCGUCAUCUUUAGCUGCUGACAACUGUUACAAUUGAUGGAAUUGUAGUAGUAGAAAUAUUUGAGAAUAAAAUAUAAAAAUAAAAAAAAAAACAACAACAUUCAUAUAUUGUUUUGAGAGAAGAAAAGCUCUCCCAAAUGACAGUGAGAACAAGUUUAAGUGUAGAACAAAGCUUUAUAAGAUUGAUCUUCUUGAUGCGAUCCUAAAAGAGAUGGGGAAAGUCAUGUACCACUGUGAUAUCUGUAAAACCUCAUUCUCCCAGAAAUCUAAUCUAACCACUCACAAACGUGUUCAUACUGGAGAAAAACCAUAUCACUGUGAUAUCUGUGGCAAAUCAUUCUCUCAAAGAAGUCACUUAACUACUCACAAACGUACUCACACUGGAGAGAAAGCAUAUCAUUGUAACGUUUGUGGUAAGUCAUUCGCUCAGAAUGGUGACUUAACCACUCACAAGCGUAUUCAUACAGGAGAAAAACCAUAUCAUUGUGAUAUCUGUGGUAAGUCAUUGUCACGAAAUCAUAGCUUAACUAAACAUAAACGUAUUCAUACUGGAGAGAAACCAUAUGACUGUGAUAUCUGUGGUAAAUCAUUCUCUGAAAGAAGUGCCUUAACUACACACAAACGCAUUCAUACAGGAGAAAAACCAUAUCAAUGUCAUAUCUGUGGUAAUUCAUUCUCACAAAAAUCUACCUUAACUAAACAUAGACGCUUUCAUACAAAAGAGCAGCCAUAUCAUUGUGAUAUCUGUAAUAAAACAUUUUCUUCGAGAAGUAAUUUAACUACUCACAAACGUGUUCAUACAGGAGAGAAACCAUAUUGCUGUGAUGUAUGUGGAAAAUCAUUCUCUGUAAAAAGUCACCUAACUGUUCACAGAUACAUUCAUACAGAAGAGAAACCAUAUCACUGUGAUAUUUGUGGUAAAUCAUUUUCUCAAAGUGGUAACCUAACUAGCCAUAAGCAUAUUCAUACAGGUGAGAAACCACACAACUGUGAUAUCUGUGGUAAAUCAUUCUCUGUGACAAGUCAUUUGACUACUCAUAAACGUUUUCAUACUGGAGAGAAGCCAUAUCAGUGCGAUAUCUGUGGUAAGCCAUUUUCACAGAAAUCUAAUUUAACUAAACACAGACGGUUUCAUACAGGAGAGAGGCCAUAUCGCUGUGAUGUGUGUGGUAAAUCAUUCUCUGGAAGUGGUGACUUAACUAAACACAAGCGCUUUCACACAGGAGAAAAACCUUAUCGCUGCAAUAUUUGUGGGAAAUCCUUCUCUGGAAGUGGUGUCUUAACUACACACAAACGCAUUCAUACAGGAGAGAAACCAUACGGUUGUGAUAUUUGUGGUAAAUCAUUCUCUCAAACAAGUCACUUAAGAAUUCACAAACAUGUUCAUACAGGAGAUAAACCAUAUUACUGUGAUGCCUGUGGUAAGACAUUUUCUUUAAGAAGCCACUUAACUAAACACAAACGUAUUCAUACUGGAGAGAAACCAUAUCACUGUGAUAUCUGUGGUAAAUCAUUCUCUGAAGGAAGUACCUUAACUAAACACAAGCGUAUUCAUACAGGAGAGAAACCAUAUCAGUGUGAUAUCUGUGGUAAAUCCUUCACUUCAGGAAGUAGCUUAACUACACACAAAUAUAUUCAUACUGGAGAGAAACCAUAUCACUGUGAUAUCUGUGGAAAAUUAUUCUCUCAAAAUGAUACCUUAGCAAAACAUAAACGUAUUCAUACAGGAGAGAAACCAUAUCACUGUGAUACUUGUGGCAAGUCCUUCUCUCAGACAGGUACUCUAACAAGACACAAACGUAUUCAUACAGGAGAGAAACCGUAUCAUUGUGAUGUCUGUGGUAAAUCAUUUUCUCAUACUGGUAAUUUAACUAUACACAAAUAUAUUCAUACAGGAGACAAACCAUAUCGCUGCGAUAUCUGUGGUAAAUCAUUCUCUCAGACAGGCAGCUUAACUACACACAAGUACACGCAUACAGGUGAGAAGCCAUAUCACUGCGAUAUCUGUGGUAAAUCAUUCUCUCAAACCAGUCACUUAUCUGCUCACAAGUAUAUUCAUACAGGAGAGAAACCAUAUUGCUGUGAUGUCUGUGGCAAAGCAUUCUCAGAAGGAAGUAAAUUAACUAAACACAUACGUAGUCACACAGGAGACAAACCCUAUCCCUGUAACAUCUGUGGUAAAUCAUUCUCUGAUGGAGCUGUCUUGACCAAACACAGACACAUUCAUACAGGAGAGAAACCAUAUCAGUGUGACAUUUGUGGUAAAUCAUUCUCACGUAGUGGUGAUUUAGCUAAACACAGACGUGUUCAUUUAGAGAUAGAAACCAUAAUGCUAUGAUGAUUAUCAUCCAGUAUUUUAAAUCUGGGACUUGUCCCCGUUAACAGGUGUGGCUGGAUCUACCUUGAUGCCAUAGCAACCACCCUCACUUCUCAAACCAACCUUCCCAAUCUCUUCCUCCACCUGUCCUCUAUUAUUUCAGGACAUCAGACAACAUUGACAGAAGCGAAUUCUUCACUUCAGAUGUAUCAUCUAUAUUAGCUUUUAAGGAUUCAAGGAGGUUGUUAUACAGAGAUAUAAUCCAUGCUGAACUAUUGUGAAAUAUUUCUUCUGAACUGCAAUUUAUAAAUUUCUCAACUUCAGCAUCUGGAAUGUGUGUGAGAUGCUUUUGUGUUCUACAUAAUCAUGGACAAAUUUAUGAAGGAGUUCACAGCAUCUUUAAAUACCAACAAAGAUCUCAUUUGGUGGAAGUAUAGGAGAGGCAUGUUCAUUGUGAUUAAACUAUAUAUAUAUUAA